AUGGUGAUCAAGUCCCUGGAGGUGACGGUGGUGUCCGCCAAGGACCUCCACAACGUCAACAUCAUCCAUAAGAUGGACCCCUAUGUCAUCGUCUCCCUCUCCAACAACCACAAGCAGUGCACCCACGUCCACAAGAACGGCGGCACCAGCCCCAGGUGGGUCAAACUCCUCGCCUUCCCCGUCGACGAGGCCCGCGCCGACCUCCUCAUCCUCGUGUUCGAGAUCAUGACCAAGAAGACCCACGGCGUCGACAAAGAGGUCGGCAGGGUCGAGGUGCCGAUCGCGGAGCUGCUUGAGAAGCAGGGGGACGGGAAGCCCAAGCCAAUGAGCUACAGCGUGAGUCUGCCGUCCGGGGAGACCCAGGGGGUCCUGGAAUUUACUUACAAGUUCGGCGAGGAGCUGCCGGGGGGAUGUGGAAAUACGCCGGCCCCAGAGCAGGGGCCUACAAAGAAGACCGACGGGCAGGGUUGGAUCGGCAAGUUGGCCGGCGGGUUCGCCGGCGAAUUUGUCGGCGGGAUCGCCGGCGAGUUGGCCGGCAGGUUGUUCGACAUAGAGCAGUCGGAAGCCGCAGUGGACGGGCCGGAAGCCGCAGUGGACAGCCCAGAAGUCGCAGAGGGCAAGUAA